CUUCUUAGUUUGUGAAAAUUGGUCACGAAAUUUCCGAGAAAAUUGUUUGCAUAUUUUUCAUAAAUUUUUACAUAUUUCCUUGUCAUUCCGGAACCGGAAGUCGAAUGCAAAUGAAACUCAGGAAAAUUGAAUAAGGUCAUAAAAUCUUUCAUUUGAAUCUAAAUUUGUGAAAAUCGGUUCAGCCAUCUUUGAGAAACGUGUGUGACUAUUUUUUCCUUUUUUUUGUGCAUAUCACCCUGUAAUUCAAGAAUCGGAAGUCCAUAUGAAACUCAGGAACUUUGUAUGAGACCUCAAGACCUCUCAUUUGAUUCCAAGUUUGUGAAAAUCGGUUCAGCCAACUCUGAGAAAAUUCAGUGACAUUAUUUGUCACACACAUACAUACAUACACACACACAGACAUUUUGUGAUCUCGACGAACUGAGUCGAAUGGUAUAUGACACUCGUCGGUUUUCACAGUGAUUGCAUAACCUUUCUAUAUGAGAAAGGCAAAAACAUGGAAAUACAUGGAACUUUGAAUCCAUCACUACAACCCUGACUAAUUUCUUCUUUAAGUAGACACUUUCGCCCACACACACACCAUCAAACCGAAGCGGAUUGCUUUUCAUUUGAAAUUACGAUACAUUCUGGUACGGUGGGUGCGUGCAUUUGUUUUCGAAAUGUUCGUGGUUGAUAUUAGCUAGCUAGCUCAUCCUACGUGAUUUUUUAACAUUGUUUCGUAUUAUGACGGAAGCAUCGUUUGUAGUGAAGAAUUGCCCGAACAUAGAGAAUCGGAAUAGUGCGUUUCUAUUUAUUUCAUUAAUCCUCACUGUACCCACGGAAACCUUUUCUGAGUUAGUUUACAUGCAGCAAGAAUAUCGAUGCUUAUGCGUGUGUAUGAACAUUGUAGUCAGAAGAAGAGACGAAGAGAGCAGCUCAGUAUACGCACACACUUCCGUGACAUCCGUGGGGCUGAGCAGAGAGAAAUUUUCCGCUCCGACAAGUGAAUUUCCUCUCCACGGAAAAGCAAAUCAGUGAAAUUUGGAAAACCCAUCUAAUCGCCCAACUCCGUGCUGAGCGUUCAGUCUGUUUUUAGCUUUCGAUGAACCGUGUGUUGGCCUCCUCCGCAGAUGGCCAGAUUAGAAAAAUUGAACUUCAAAUAUAGUGUAAUAAUAAAUCGUUUCUCUUGUGCACAUUUUCGGAGGCGGAAAUGAGCUACGCAUGUAAAAAUGUACAAAAAAUAAGUGUUGUUCGUUACUGCCUAGCAAGUUCAAUCACUUCGGCCUAAUGUGCACGUGAUUAGAUUGAUAACUAAAAAUCCCUUUAUUAAACUCAUUCGGUGUAUUUUUUCCGCGUAUUGUUCUCGGUUCAGAAAGAAAAAAAAGUGAUUCGAAAUACACAACGCGAAUCCAGGGAAGGAUGAGAAUGCAUCACCUUCAAACAAAAAAAACAGCCGUUUGACAUUCAGCGUCUAAUUCGUACAAGCAAAUUGUAGAUAACUCUGUAGGUGGGUUGCAAUUGGCAGCAAGUGGAAAUUUUCAUCCAGCCGUCACAAUAUGUUCAAAAAUAUCUCCUAUCUAAGCGGGGAGAUGAAAGCAGACACCGCCAAAUAGACGGUGUGUUGUUGAAUUCUUGUCUCUGGCAAAAGAGGAGGAUUCUCAGGCGUUCGAAAGCAACCGGAGUUGCGAAAAUUACACCCUACACUGCCAUCUCGAGCAAAAUAACAUUUUGGUGAAUUCUGGAACGUUGUCAAGAGUGUGCACUGAAUUCCGUGGAAAGCGCCCGAUAGAGAUGUGUUUCUGUAGGAAUAGGAAAAUUUUACGAUCAUCGAUUGACGAUGAUGGACUAGUCUCAAGUACUGUGAACAGUGCAUUCUGGCCUAAACUGCCACUAAAGUUCCAAUAAUUAUUUCGAAAUAGCUUUGUAAUUUAUUAGCUGCUGCCAAGUACAUCAAAGCUAAUACGACGGAUAAAGCUGUUUCGAUCCAGCAGGUGACAUCUAUUUUUGUGCAGUACCUACAGCUGAGAUUAACGAGUGCAUUCGGUGCAUUUUUUCUUCCCUUGCGUGAAGUGCAGAAAUCAUCCAUCCGAGUGAGCGAUAGAGGCAACUGGGAAAAGUACCCACAAGGAAAGUGUGUGAAAUGUUUUCUCUGCCGGUUGAGCAGAAGAGAGAAAAUAAUAGUCUCCCAGUAAGAGCGGGAGAAAUUUGAUGAAAAACUGUACUGUGAAUGCCAUUGGUUCGCAGAUCCAGUAGUAAAAUCAACUUGAUGUUUACUUGUAAUUGAUAGUGUUCUUAAUUGAAUACAAAAAAAGUAUCUAGAAAGCAAAUCACUCAAGGUGUAAUUGAAUCGCAAAGUAAGUGUACAAAACUAUGAAGCAGUAAAAGCUUAGCUUCACGAAAAAGUGUUUUUCCUUUGCUGUCGUGAUAAAAUUAUCACGAAAAAUACAUAAAUAAAGUGCUCAUUCUCCUGACAUGACAUGGAUGUGUGUUUCAAGUUCAGUGGUACAGAAUAAGCAGUCGACAAAACACAACCGCCCAUUGACUACCCAAACGGGGAUAAGAAAAAAAUAAUUGUUCCUUGUGUUUGUUAUCGUUCAAAUGAAAGUCAAAUGUGCUCCGAGUGAGAAAGGCCUGUCAAACCAACUGUAACAGUACUUCGAAAGGAAUUUAUGAUAAUAACUUUGGUAAAUUCUGAAAACUUACUCUGUAUAACAAGUAGAAAUUUUUGAAGACAAGAAAAAGCUAAAUUUACUUUUCAACAGUGCUAUCAAAUCCGAGAAAGUGAAAUUAUGUGAAAAAAGUCGUUUGUGACAACAACUGAACCAGUGCAGCAAAAAAAAGUGAGCAAUAACGCUCGCCAACCCGAGAGCAGAAAGUUUUCAACCCAAAGAGUCGAAAAAGAGAAGAAAUCAACGAGAACUUGUGCGAAAGUGAGUGCCACAUCGGUUUACUACUACAGCAGGUGAAAGCAUGAAGUAAUCUGGAACACAGUUCGCGGUUAAAAAAUAAUUAAAAAAAAAACACACAAACAUUUAUUUCGACCAAACUUGCCAGGACCUGCUAAAUGACUUGACACAGAACUAGCCGCGUCCCUGUACCUCAAGGGGAAAACUAAAUCUGCACUAGUGAAAAUAAUGCCACCAUCGAAACGAACAAAAGUGAUAUCUUAGCUAGACAAUGCCGGAAAGAGUAGCCACAACAGGAAAGCUAAUGUAGUGCAACCAACAAAGCAAACAAAAAGUGUUUCACGAAUAGUGGAAAAACUGCACUGUGGAAAGCAGAAAAAAUGGAAGUGCAUUAAAUUGAAAAUAAUUCGUCUCAGUUGCUGUGCUUUUUUCUUUCGAAUCGAGUUUCUUUAUUAAGUUCAAAUCUUCGCAAAAGUUUUUUAGUUAAUCUAACCGCUGCUGCUUCUUAGCUAACUCGCAAAAGUUAUCAAACAAGAAUCCGAAGCUCUCACAUCAAAAGUCGUUGAGAAAUGGCCACCAAAUAUGGCACACAAAUUAUUUACACAAAUUCUCGAACCACCAUCAAGCUCCGAAAGCCUGUGUCCACACUGUCGAUUCCCGGAUCGAUGAAAGCACCGUGUGCCGGUAAUCGGGAAACAGUAUCGGCUGCAUGCACAGAAGAAGCCGGCAUCGCGCUCGUGGGCGUACACUCAGAGUAUCCCAGGUACAUGGAGGAGCGAGGCCUGGGAGGCGGCGUCUGUAAAGGUCCCGGAACGGUACAAGGCGGUCCUGGUCAAAAGCAAAAACCAAAUGUAGGAUAUCGACUUGGUCGGCGGAAAGCAUUGUUCGAGAAGCGGAAACGAAUAAGUGAUUACGCCCUCGUCAUGGGUAUGUUCGGAAUUAUUGUGAUGGUGAUAGAAAACGAAUUAAGUAGCGCUGGUGUAUAUACUAAGGCAUCUUUUUAUUCAACUGCUUUAAAAACGUUAAUAUCCGUAUCGACUGUGAUUUUACUCGGGCUUAUUGUAGCCUACCACGCCUUGGAAGUUCAGCUUUUUAUGAUAGAUAACUGCGCGGAUGACUGGCGGAUAGCAAUGACCUGGCAGCGAAUGAGCCAAAUAGCUUUAGAAUUACUUAUCUGUGCGGUGCAUCCCAUUCCAGGUCAAUAUUAUUUUCUAUGGACAACUAAGCUAGCGAAUAAGAAUAAAGCCAUGGGAACGGAACUCGUCCCGUACGAUGUCGCAUUAUCUUUGCCAAUGUUCCUUCGUUUGUACCUGAUAUGCCGUGUGAUGCUGCUACAUUCGAAACUAUUUACCGAUGCCUCAUCACGUAGUAUAGGUGCACUGAAUCGUAUCAAUUUUAACACACGAUUUGUGCUGAAAACACUAAUGACAAUAUGCCCGGGAACGGUCCUACUAGUAUUCAUGGUUUCAUUAUGGAUAAUAGCGUCGUGGACUCUCCGGCAGUGCGAGAGGUUUCAUGAUGAAGAACAUGCCAAUCUGUUGAACGCUAUGUGGUUAAUCGCAAUAACCUUUCUGAGCGUUGGCUUUGGCGAUAUCGUGCCGAACACAUACUGCGGCCGGGGCAUUGCAGUUAGUACGGGUAUUAUGGGAGCUGGCUGCACCGCGCUUCUGGUUGCAGUCGUAUCACGAAAGCUAGAGUUAACACGAGCGGAAAAGCAUGUGCACAACUUCAUGAUGGAUACUCAACUGACAAAGCGGUUGAAAAAUGCGGCAGCCAACGUACUGCGAGAAACCUGGCUGAUAUACAAGCACACACGUCUGGUGAAACGCGUGAAUCCUGGUCGGGUGCGGACACAUCAGCGGAAGUUCCUACUGGCAAUUUAUGCACUACGAAAAGUGAAAAUGGAUCAACGAAAGCUCAUGGAUAACGCUAAUACCAUAACCGAUAUGGCAAAGACCCAAAACACGGUCUAUGAAAUAGUUUCGGAUAUGUCGACUAGACAGGACACGCUGGAGGAACGAAUCAAUAAUUUAGAAGAUAAGUUACAAUCCAUUCAGACACAAAUCGAAAAUCUUCCUGAAGUGCUGACGCGCUGCCUAACCCAACAUCAGGAGCGCAUGGACCAGCGAAGGAAUUUUUUGCACCCGGAUGCGGCAGUAACCGGUUCAUCCUCCGGUCUACCGACACCAGCCCCUCUGCUGGGCUCACCGAUGAUGCUGCCGCACUCCAGUUUCUCUUUUAGGAGUGUCCCGUCGUCGUCGACACCGGCCUAUCCUUGGCCCGCUAGUCCCAUACUCCCACCAAUCUCUAGUAGAACGCCGCACCUCGUCCCGGAAACGCUUAUUCCCGCACCAGCGACGACGACAUCAUCAACCCUGUUGAAUUCCAUCACCAACCAGUCGUCUGCAACCGGAGACCCGCAGUUGGCAAUGCACAGGGAAACUAGCUGAAUCGAACCCAGUAGCUCAAACUCCUUAAUCUCAUUUUCCAACUCCAAUAAGUCCAACAUCAACAUCAAUAUCCAUACACCGACAUCGAGUAGUAGUAAAUUCACCAAACAGCGAGAACGAGCGACUCGGUUCUAGCUCCUAACGGUUCCGCAUCUCACUAUAAACUAACAAAACGGUACCUAACCGGCCGGUGAGGAGAGAGCAACUGACGAGAGUGGGCCAUUGUGACGGUCGAGAACCGUAGCUAAAUAGUACAUCGAUGUUGUGUCACUUAACGUGUAUGAAAAAAAACGAUACAUGUACCAACUACAAAUUCUGAUGAAGGUGGCAUUGAUAACGUCAAUAAUAAUGUUGAUGAUGAUGAUGAUGAUGAUGACUGUAACCGGAAAACACAAACAUGGAACGGAUGGACGAUUUGAGCACAGUAAAGGAAAUGUUAAAAAGACUACUUAGCGAUUAUAGACUAAUUAAAGUCUACGAUAAGAAAAUUUGAUAGCGACUAACAAGCAACACGGAACGAAAUGCAACACCAGCAAAUAGACACAUGACAGGAAGAGCUGACAGCGCUUGUCGUGUGUGUUAUCGAAAUGUUCAGUUCGUAUCAAACAAGGCUGGAAGAUUCGAUUAAUUACUAGAAAUACAACGCAGAUGAGGUUUAAGGAACAUUACACCGGAGAGUAUCAUAUGAACGGUAUUCGUGAGAACCACAAUGCAUUCACAUAUGAAUAAAUAACUGACGCUGCAUUGGAGCAUCCGACGGUUCUUCUUCGCUCUACCAAUAAACCAAUGAAUGGAACAUUUCACUUAUAACAGCACUAGUCCUCCCCUAAAGCUUUUCAGUUUAGUAUUCAUCAAGAGAAUAAACCGCUACGAAUUCGAUAUUCCCUAUAAAAAGUAAGUUCUUCACGACAGUUGAGGCUUAAAUGAUAUUUGAGGACUUUUAGUCGAUGUUAAAAGCUUUAAUGGGUAUUAGCCAAGUUACUACAGGGGGUAACCACGAAAACGUGCCAAUACUUCAAAACAUACUCUUCGUCUCGCUUAUCUACGAAAUGGAAUUACCGAUUUGUAAACUAUUUAUGUUUAUUCUAAUUUUGUCAACAUUAGUCCGACCUUACUUCUAAACUAAAAGACAUAUAUUU